UGCUUGUGGAGCUGCAGGAGAAGGGGUCAGGGGUCGGGAACGACGCGGAGCCGGCCCCCGGCCUUCCCGCUGCCCCGCGCGGUCUGUGCGGCGCCAGUUCUGGGCCUUGCUCCCGGCCUCCCCUCGCUCGGUAGCUCGGGGUCGCGGGCCCGGCGUAAACACCGCGAUUCGGGCCCCUUGCUCAGGCCCUUUUCGUUCCCCCUGCCCAUAAGACUUCACAUCUCAGUUUGGGGGUUGGACUGAUUUUGAGCAUUUCUCUGUUCAUAGCUGUUUGUUUGCACUCUGACCGGGAACACUGGGAUCAUUUUCAUCAUGCCAACAGUGGUGGUAAUGGACGUAUCCCUUUCCAUGACCCGACCUGUGUCGAUCGAGGGGUCUGAGGAAUAUCAACGUAAGCACCUAGCAGCCCAUGGUUUGACGAUGCUGUUCGAGCACAUGGCCACAAAUUACAAGCUUGAGUUUACAGCCCUGGUGGUUUUUUCCUCACUUUGGGAGCUGAUGGUUCCUUUCACAAGAGAUUACAACACACUUCAGGAAGCACUAAGUAAUAUGGAUGAUUAUGAUAAAACCUGCUUGGAAUCUGCGUUAGUUGGUGUUUGCAAUAUCGUUCAGCAAGAAUGGGGUGGUGCGAUUCCUUGCCAGGUUGUUCUGGUGACAGAUGGCUGUCUUGGCAUUGGUAGAGGGUCACUGCGGCAUUCUCUAGCUACUCAUAGUCAACGAGGCGAGAGCAACAGGUUUCCGCUACCUUUUCCUUUCCCAUCUAAGUUAUACAUCAUGUGCAUGGCAAAUCUGGAGGAGCUUCAGAGUACUGAUUCCUUGGAUUGCCUUGAACGUCUCAUAGAUUUAAACAAUGGCGAAGGACAGAUUUUUACUAUCGAUGGCCCUCUGUGCUUGAAAAAUGUACAGUCUAUGUUUGGAAAACUGAUAGAUCUGGCGUAUACACCUUUCCACGCUGUUCUCAAGUGUGGCCACCUCACUGCUGAUGUGCAGGUCUUCCCCAGACCAGAGCCCUUUGUUGUAGAUGAGGAAAUCGAUCCCAUCCCUAAAGUCAUCAACACAGAUUUGGAAAUAGUGGGAUUUAUUGAUAUAGCUGAUAUUUCAAGUCCCCCAGUUCUGUCCAGACAUCUGGUCCUACCAAUAGCACUUAACAAAGAAGGUGAUGAGGUGGGUACUGGCAUAACUGAUGACAACGAAGAUGAAAAUUCAGCCAAUCAAAUUGCGGGCAAAAUACCCAACUUCUGUGUCCUGCUGCAUGGCAGCCUGAAAGUAGAAGGAAUGGUGGCAAUAGUUCAGUUAGGUCCUGAAUGGCAUGGAAUGCUCUACUCCCAAGCUGACAGCAAGAAGAAAUCAAACCUCAUGAUGUCUCUCUUUGAGCCUGGCCCAGAACCUCUCCCAUGGCUAGGGAAAAUGGCACAGUUGGGUCCUAUUUCAGAUGCUAAAGAAAACCCUUAUGGAGAGGAUGACAAUAAGAGCCCAUUUCCCCUGCAGCCCAAAAACAAACGCAGUUAUGCUCAGAAUGUGACCGUCUGGAUCAAACCCAGUGGCCUGCAGACAGAUGUACAGAAGAUUUUAAGAAAUGCAAGGAAACUACCUGAAAAAACACAGACAUUCUAUAAGGAGCUAAACCGUUUACGAAAGGCUGCCCUGGCAUUUGGUUUCCUGGACCUGCUCAAAGGGGUGGCUGACAUGCUGGAAAGGGAGUGCACGCUGCUGCCCGACACAGCACACCCGGACGCCGCCUUCCAGCUGACCCACGCUGCCCAGCAGCUCAAGCUAGCCAGCACCGGCACCUCUGAGUAUGCCGGCUAUGAGCACAACAUCACGCCUUUGCAUACAGACUUCUCCGGGAGCAGCACUGAAAGAAUGUGAAACUGACUUUGGGAGCCUUCCUGCUUUCUUUCAUGACAGGUGAAAAGGAUUUAGGGUAAAAACUUUCCAGUUUGUUCACCUCUGCAAGAGCCCCCCCCCGGCCAAGACUUCCCUGAGGUUGCCUCGGAAGCACCACUUGCUGGGCUGUGCUGCUUGGGCUUUGACCUUGGUUUUCUGGAGCUGAGUCUUUAAGCCCCAAAAAACCAUUGUUGCUCCCACAGUGGGCACACCUUCUGAGUAACUUAAAGGACUGAUGAAUACAGAGCUCUCCCCACUUCCUCCUAAUCAGCGGGGGUUCUCGGGCUUCCUAAAGGUACCUCCUCUCCUCUCCCAACCUUAAGGACAUUUUCCAGCUUCUGUCCUUGCAAUGAGCAGCCCAGCCCAGACUGUCUGGGAUUUGCUAAAUGUGAGUCCAACACCAUUAAGUGUCAGAACUGUCCUUAGAACUUGGGCAAAAACUUGAUGGUAACCCUUUGGUGUAGUAUGUCUUGAGAUAUAGACUUAAACAGCAGCUAUAAAUGUAUAAAAUGAUUCCUACUUCUUCAGGUUUUGGUUUUGUUUUUUAAUGAAAAUAAAAUACUUGAUUUUCUAGAAAAUGGAUUCAUUGGGAAACUAAUGGGUCUUUGACUUUUGGUCUGUCCUAUUACCUGGAUGUAAUUUCAACUUCCUAAGUGGCACAGAUUUCAUAAGUCCUGAGAAUUCUUGGGUUCCAUAUGGACUUAUUUCUGACACUGGUUAGGUCUCUGCCUCAGCCAGGUUCCACCCCGGUGGAUUUGACUGUUCUCUCUUCAGUACGGUAUCAAUUCAUUCACUAGCUUCAGGACCUUAGCCAAGUCAGGUAACUUCUCCAAGCUUUCUGCCAUCAGUGCUUUUCAGAUUGCUCUGUGGACUCCGGAGGUUAACCCUCCUGUAGGCUUCACCCCAAGCAAUCAUUUUCACACGCUGAAUUUAACAUUUCACCAUGCAGUGCAGUAUAAUAUUUUGUCUGAACAAAGGACUUUAUCAUUAGCAACCUGAAAACCCAUCAGACUAAAUGAUCUUUAAGCACAAGUUGUUAGGAUUUUGACUGUAAAUGUUUAAUAGAAAUACACAAUGUUUUGCUUUCUCAGAUAGCAAUAGUUUAUAACAAUCACUAAGAAUACAGAUUCUGCCACAGAGAUGCAGCAUAUACUGCAAAGCUGAUCUGUCCAAAUAAAGUCAGGUGAAAGAACAGAAGUUAACACAAACAAGUGUUGACAGAAGUUACAAACAUGCAAAAUACCCUUCAGUGCAAUGAACUUA